UAUACAAAUAAAAUUGAAUUGAAUUGAAUUGUUUCCACAUGCAACUGUCAUCCUGUCCGCUAGGCGGCGCCCAAGAAAAACAUGUGUCUUUAAACGAAACCUUUUUGUCCCUGCAUGGCUUCCUUUCCUCCACAGCGUGGACUUGAAUGACUUUCAUAAGACCGGUUUAUUCUUCCAGUUAUGAAAAUGUUUAAAUGUGCGUUCAGAGCAGCUUCAGCAAACGCUUUUAAAGUUAACCAUGGCAGCCUUCAGCAGUCUGUACAUACUGGAGGUCAGCUCUUUGCAGCGGACAAAGCUUUGCUGAUGAAACUGCGGAAAAGCACUGGCUACACUUUCAUCAACUGCAAGAAAGCUCUGGAGAUGUUUGAUAAUGAUCCUGCUCAGGCUGAAAGCUGGCUGCACGAACAGGCUCAGAAGGAGGGCUGGAGCAAAGCUAACAAGCUGGAGGGCCGAAAAGCCAAAGAGGGUCUGAUUGGUGUGUUUGUAGGAGAUGCAGCUGCAGUCAUGGUGGAGGUCAACUGUGAGACAGACUUUGUUGCCAGAAAUGACAAGUUCCAACAGCUGGUAAAAGAUGUGACCUUUGCCACUUUGGAUCACCAUCUUCAGAGUAGAAAUCAGUCUAAAUCAGGAUACGUGAAGAAUCUCCUUGCAGGUGAUGAAUUAAGCAGACUCCGCAUGGGUGAAGGAGCUGCACUCGCUGACAGUGUGGCUCUCACAAUAGGUCGCCUUGGGGAGAACAUGUCAGUGAAGCGUGCUGUGAUGGUGGGGGUCCCAGCUGAGUGGCGCAUUGGCUCGUACGUGCACGGCAACGUCGGCAGUCAGCAGGAAGUGGCUAUGGGCCGCUAUGGAGCUCUGGUCAUAUUCCAGGGAGGGAAGGAAGGAGAACAAGACAUGCUGGGUCGGAAGUUGGGGCAGCAUAUUGUGGGAGAGGCUCCUUUGUCUCUUGGAAACAUGGAUGAUCUGCCCUGUGGUGAAAGUGAGACACGCCUUCUGCCUCAGACCUUCCUGGCUGACCCCAGCAGGACUGUGGCGGAGUUCCUCAGGGGUCAACAGGCUAAAGUGCUGGACUUUGUCAGAUUUCAGUGUGGUGAGACCUCUGGUAAAGAUCAAAACUAAAAGGACCAAACCUAAAAUAUCUGGUUAUAUAUACAUAUAAGGAUCACUUAUUUUGUCCACGUUGUCAGAAUCAGAACCUAAUGAUAUUUCCUGUAACAAUAAAAUGUUUUUUUUCUGAAAGUGG